GUAUUCAGAACAAUUUUCGAUUCAAUAACGGAAGUGAAAUUAAGUCUGGGUAUAUUUGUAAAUGAAAAGUGACGUCCCAUAAGGAACAUUAACCAUGAACAUUUCAUGUCCUAAUCCUUUUAACAAUGGACUACUAUAUUGUGGUUGGAACCAAGAUCAAGGCUGAACUGAAAACUCCCACCAAAUCAAAUGUGAACUAUACUUUUGUUAAAACAGGAUGCUUUGCCUGUGGAAUGGAGCAGGGGUUUCGAGUUUAUAACUCUGAUCCAUUGAAAGAAAAAGAACGUCAAGACUUUACUAAUGGGGGUAUAACCCACGUAGAAAUGCUUUUCCGCUGCAAUUAUCUGGCAUUAGUGGGUGGAAGUCACAAUGCAAAGUAUCCACCAAAUAAAGUUAUGGUUUGGGAUGAUCUGAAAAAGAAGCACGUUAUUGAACUUGAGUUUACAUCAAAUGUUCGAUCGGUCAAACUAAGAAGGGAUAGAAUAGUCGUCGUUCUUGAUUCAAUGAUUAAAGUUUACACCUUUACUCAAAAUCCUCAAUUAUUGCAUGUUUUUGAUACAUGCUCGAAUGUAAACGGUCUGUGUGUUCUAUGCCCUAGUAGCAGUAACUCUUAUUUGGCAUUUCCUUCUAAAAACUCUGGCCAUGUUCAAAUUGUUGAUUUGGCUAAUCCUGAAAAAGCACCUUUGGAUAUUGCAGCUCAUGAAACUGCUUUGGGAUGCAUUUCAAUGAAUUUAGAUGGAACUAGAAUGGCUACAGCUUCAGAAAAAGGAACCCUUAUUCGAAUAUUUGACACACAAAAUGGAUCCCAAAUUCAAGAAUUGCGGAGAGGUUCACAGACUGCCCACAUUUAUUGUAUAAACUUUAAUAUUGAGUCAACUCUUAUUUGUGUUUCUUCUGACCAUGGCACGGUGCAUGUUUUCGCUUUGGAAGAAAAAGAAAGAAAGAAUAGACAGUCUUCUCUAGCAUCAGCAGGAUUUCUCCCUAAAUAUUUCUCAUCGAAAUGGAGCUUUUGUAAAAUGCAAAUACCGGGAAAUACUCAAAGUAUUUGUGCCUUUGGUGCUAAAUCUAAUGAUAAUCAGUCUGUCAUAGUUCUUUGUGCAAAUGGAUGCUAUUAUAAAUAUCUUUUCAAUGCACGAGGGGAUAUUUCACGGGAAGUUUAUUCUCAGUUUCUCGAAAUGACAGACGAUAAAAUGUAA